UACCAUCUUAUCGGCUGGGAAGGCGUGUCCCUUGGCCGGGCUCUGCGCCCCUUUGUCCUCGGGUGGUGGUGCUCAGCCAGCGACAACUCAUGGCGGCUGCACCCGUCAGGCAGCGCCCUGGGCCGGGGGGAUCGCGCGCUCAGCUCCCGCCUUGCUACUACGAAGGCUACCUGGAGAAAAAAGGACCUAAAGAAAAGGCACCCAAACGUCUGUGGACAUGUCUGUGUGGGAAUGCUUUGUAUUUCUUCAAUAAUGCCAAGGAUGCUCAUUAUGUGGAGAAGCUGGACCUCAAUGGGUUUGUUUCCUUGAAGGACGAUUGCAGUCGGGACAAAAACUUGGAGGCAGCCAGACUCAUCCUGCGCAUGAAGGAUGGAGAAACCAGAAUUACAGCACCCAACUUGGAAUCAAGGGAGCUCUGGAAGGGGUUUCUCUACUCUGUCACAGAUCUAAAUGUACCGUCAAGCCUCACGUUGCUGCCUGGCCAGCUCCAGAUGCUGAAGGAGGUCGUGGACAAGGAAAGGUCCAGGCGCAGAAGUCGCACCCCAACACGAGCACCACCUUCACCUCUUUCUGUCCCUCUAGUAGGAGAGAUCCCCCCGUGUUUUCGCCCCGUGUCUCGUACAGAGGCCGAAGUCCUCCUUGAGAGACACCCCGACUGUGGAAACAUGCUGUUGCGACCUGGAAGGGAUGGAUGCUCACUGGCUGUCACCACUCGACAGGACCUCAACGGGUCUGUGUUCAGACAUUACCGUGUAACGCAGAGGGACCAGGGUGGCUACGUGAUUGAUGUCGAAAAUCCAAUUCCUUGUGCAACACUUCAUGAUGUUAUUGAUGCCCUGGUGGAGAAGACAGCUGGAACUCUGCAACCUUUUCUCCUAGAGGAACCUUAUGAGGAGAAUAUAACAUACGUUUCUGCCAAUGAUGAGAACGGAGAAAGGAUCCUCCACACUGCGCCCACCAGCCCCCUGCCAAAGGCUCCUGCACUGCCCCCAAAGCAAGAUCGCUGGCCCAGCAGCCCCCUGUCGCGAUCCCCCGCCCCGGACCGCCGAAUCCUGACGUCAUCAGUGCCUGCCUCGCCUACCAACCCCAUGAGACGACUCAUCCUGUCCCCUUCCCCUCUCGCACAAACCCUCAACGAGGAGCUGAAAAUGAAGUUGGAGAAGAGACGAGCCAGCCAGGAGUGAUAUAAAAGGACGCGACUCCAGUGCCAAACCCCUUCUCAUUUCAACUAUGUAUUCAUCCUGUGCCUUGUAAGGUGGAACACAAAAGGCUGCAAGCAGCCACUAUCUCAUAAUUGUCAUAGGUAUUGAUGUUGGGCUCGUGUAAUGGUGUGGACACACUGGACGUCAUACUUGAACUGCACAAAGUACUGUUUACUGAGCACAAAAACUUUACUCACAAUGACUAAAAACCUGACAAGUAGGGACCACUAACUGGGCCUGGUGCUAUUUCUAAGAGACAAUGUUUGUGUGCUGACCUGCUUGUGUUACUACUCAUUUUCAACAAUACUGUGUUGGCGUGACACCUUUAAUUUUUCAUUUCCUUCUUCCUCGUGUUCUGCUGUGACUCACCAAGGGUGCCUGAAAAUCCCAGGUGACUCCAACUGUACUUCCUUUCAAGAACAACAAUGUCAUUUACAUGCAAGGGCGCCUCCUAGUGGAAUAAACUACCAUGAACAAACCUGCACAGCAGUUGUACUAAACGUUUGGGUGUGCCUUUUAGGCUUUAUUUGCUGUGUUAAUUAUUCAUGCCACACCCUCCUCUCUGUCCUAACUUGACCUUGGAACCUUUUUAUACAUCAGACGGUGUAAUUAAUUCCACAAAAGAAAUUGGGCAGUACUUGCAAAUCUAAAGUGUGUGACUGAGUAUGCUACGAAUGGCAUGACUGAAAAUGUUUUUUUGAAAUUCAAAGUUUGUACAUGUUUUUGUGAGAUAUAAAGGGCAUUAAAUUGUUUUUGCAUGGUUGCGAUUUCCUC